AUGGAGAACUCAAAUAUUUUUGCGAUAGGAAACAAUCAAGUGAAUGAAGAGAAGCCUCCACCACGUUUUUGUCCAAGGUGUAACUCAGACAACACCAAGUUCGGUUAUUACAACAACUAUAGGGUGUCUCAACCGCGCUACAUUUGCAAAAACUGUCGCCGACACUGGACUCAUGGUGGAACGCUAAGAGACAUACCGAUUGGUGGAAGUGGCCGUAAAACCAAGCGUCCAAAGAUAAAUCAACCUUCCGUUUCUCAGGUAGUUUCUGUUGAGAUCCAACAAGUUAAUCACCACCAACCUUUCUUACAUGUUCAAGAAACCAAUGAGUUUACUGGAACUUCUGAUUCUUCUUCUACUGUUGUUCCCGUUGGGAACCAUUUCAGUUCUUUACCUGAAAUUCAUGGUGAUAUGGUGCUUCCAGUUCAAAGUUUUCCACCAUUGGAUUGUUUAGAUUUCUUUGAUGGAUCGUUUUACCAAGAUUAUUGUGAUAUUGAAUCCAAUGCUUUGAUUGGUAAUCUUUUGAUAAACCAACCAAUUUGUGGUCAAGUAAAUAAUUGUAACAAUUACUGCAUCAAUCAAGACGUGCAGAACCAGAGCUGCAACAAUAAUAUGAACACGAAUCAUAAUGCUAGCACUAGUGGAAGCAGAGGAUCUUCGGGCACUGAUAACAUGAACAAAAACAAAUUCGUGCCGAGGUCUUUUUUCCAUAUGGAGAAGCAUGGUCCUUAA